GAGAGAGAGAGAGAGAGAGAGAGAGAGAGAGAGAGAGAGAGAGAGAGAGAGGCGCGGCAACCAUAGCGACGACGCCCAAUAUGCCGUCGCCUUCUUCGACACCAGCGGCUGGCCACGGGGUGGGGGUGGCGACUCCGGCUGUCAUAUCGAUUCCUCAUCCAGAUCCUUCAGCAGCCUCUCCGCCAACGGAAGUCGACGAGUCGGGGGUAGUUGUCCAGGGCGGCGAUGUAGUUCAUGGGGGGGGGGGGGGGGACAGGCGAAGGAAUCGCUCAUCACCCCGGCGGAUGGGGGCACCUUCCGCAAGCCCCCCAGCAACGAAAUGGCGAAUGGGGAGAAGAUCCGACGCACAGUCCGAUAGGUUGGGUGGAGAUAUUGCAGACGUAAUCCCAUUACGAUGGGUGGACGAUGCCUCUUCCUUCAACGGGUAUCUCUUUUCGCCUCGGUCGAGCGAUGACGAAGGAGGAGGUGGUGAUGCUGGCGGCGACGACGAAGUUGGUGAUGACGAUGGUGGAGGUGGUGAUGAUGGCGGUGAUGACGAAGGAGGGGAGGAUCGAGAGCUUUUCGGGAGCGUGAUGGACCGGCGUGCUCAACCUGAUGGCCGUGAGGACGAGGACGAUUUCAUGGAGUACGGCCACCGAGCGAGACGUCGGAGAUUGAUGCGUGGUCGAGGCGGAGCGGGCUUAGGGCCGAGAGGUGACGGUCUGCGCCAUCGACAGGGCCUGCAUGUUGUGCGCCGAGCAGGUCCUCCCGCACCGCAUAUGGACGCGGCGGAUAUGCGAGCUGCAUGGCCACAUCCGGCCUUUUUGGUUGAGACUGGGGUUCAGUUCGUCGAGAGAGAGGACAGGAUGGACGAGUUCAUGCAGACGCUUGUGGGGGACGACCGCCUGCCCGCGGCGUCAAACAGGUUCGCGCGGUACAGGGAGUUCGCGGCCCUCUGUGGCUACGGACGACGCCAGCGAUUGCCGGCGGAGUUCGAGGAGGCCAUGCGGAUGCGCUGGCCGAACCCGUCGGACGAUGGUUAUGUUGGCUUCAUUCCGGAUCCAUCUGCUCCUCCGGAAAACGACGACCCGCGGCCUGGGUAGAAACACACACAUAGAGAGAGAGAGAGAGAGAGAGAGAGAGAGAGAGAGAGAGAGAGAGAGAGAGAGAGAGAGAGAGAGAGAGAGGCAUUUUGACUAGGGUUAGGAUAACGGACUUGAUAUGUGUUGGACAUCAUGAUUGGUCUUCGUGGAUCAUCUCCUGCAUGAUGUUAUCGUGCGUGAUAGUCAUCAUGCAGGAGACGGUCCACGAAGAGCAGUCAUGUUGUUCAACACAUAUGAGGUCCGUUAUCCUAACCUGAGUCAAAAUGAAGCGUACAUGCUGAU